UUUGUUGGUCAGCAAGGUGGCUUGCCAUCCACCGAGAUUGUUUCUCCAGUUGCAAUCGAUUGACAAUGUGGUAGUGAAAAAGUACUUCUGACAAAGACCGUCAGAAUGUACUUUUUCCAUGCCAUCAAGGAUGUAUCAGUUAGUUACUGCAGCUGUAAGCCCUUGGCAGAAGCAUUAAUUUUGAUGGGUAUGUUUCCUGCUUCGCCCACAGACCCCAAAAAUGCCAUUCAUUUGGGUUUGUUGGGCUAUUUUAAUGAAGUUCGAAACACCUUGAAGUCUUCUUCUGAGGGUAUUACAAAUUUGUAUAAGAACUUACAAGAAAAUCCACUGACAUCUUUGUCAGUGAACAAUUUCCGUACUGUAUUUAAUAUGUACAACAAGGUCAUUUUGUUGACAGACGAAAUGGUCAACGAGCGAUCUUUGUUGAAAGAUCAGGCGAUGUGCUGUCCUGCUUGUCCUAGUAGGGACUCCAUUCACCCUAUGGAUCGCAUUUUCAUUACUAUGGAUGGGUGCUUUAGUAUGAAAUGUAAGUCGAAAGCAAGUCCUCUUGAUCAACUUAAUUUGGUCAACACCGUGGAGAACGCUUGGGUGAAGCCUGAAUGUGUUGAUCUUUAUAAGAAGGAAAAAGCUCCCAAAGACGCUCUCAUGAAUGAGAACACAUUCAGAGCUGCAGGUAAUGGCGCCUCAUACAAGUCAAAGUUGUAUCCCGUAAAAGGAAUUUUUACGGCUUCAUGCGCGCGCCAUGACCUCACCCUAAAGAUGGUGGAUAUGGAUAGUGGUGAAGGAUUCAAAUAUCCACUAUCAGUUCUCCACGAGCUGUUUCAGGAGGACAAGGACAGCCUUGUUACGCCCGUUAAUUUGAUGUACGACAUCAUUUGUGUCUUGGAGAAGUGGUUGACGACUCACUUCCCGUACUUGACUGCUAACGGCACUCUUGCACUCCCCGUUUUUCAUGCUUAUGCGCAUGUUAUUAGCUGUCAGUCCAGCUUUAAUCCUAAAAACAUUGAAUCGUACGGCAGGACUGACGGCGAGGCAUCGGAACGUUUAUGGUCUUCACUCAGACCAUUCGUCACCAUUACACGUCCGAUGUCUCAGGCCAACAGAAGGCUGACUCUUACGUUGGCCAUCCGCCAUCGUAACAUGGAAAAAAAAUGGGGAAUCGCAAGUGUCUUGUACGGGAAGUACAAAAGUACGAAGAAGAUCCUGGCGGCAGGAUUAGUGAAGUUGAAGGAUGUCAACCAGGAGGAGAUUUCGUUGGCUUGGGAGAGGCAUCUGGCGUUGACUCGAAGCGGCAAGUCGUGCAGCAAAAUCUGGAGUGAUUUGCCACCAUCAUUGGGAUCUGUAACAAGAUUUUAUCUUUUGGAGUCGAUCUUGUUCAGAUUUAGAGUUAAAAUGUACGAAAACUCUACCGGUACCAGUAAUGCAGCCAUUGACAGAUUAGAUGGUGUAUUAACGGUAUCGGCCAGUGAUGGUAGUAUCAAGGUAGCUGGGGAGACCUUCUUCAUGCAACAAAUCAAAGACAUCGAGAAGAAGCAGGAGAAGGUCCUUGAUGAAAUUAGGCAAACAAUACCUAAUUUCGUACCCCACGCCUACGCCGACUUGUCCGCUGAAACAGCCCAGCUCUCCCUUGGAUCUUGGGAAGAUUUCGUCCAACGAAAAAAGUUGCUUUUCAAGGAUGCUAUGCGCGCCAACCUGCAAGCUUACAAGUUUACCACCAACUUGAUGUUCAAAUCUGGACAUAUUGGUAAGUCCUAAUUUUUUGUUUGUUGUUAUACUUAAAUUCUAAAUAUUGUAAUACGUUAUAAGGUACAAAGCUUGCAGGUCAACAUGGCAAGGCCCUUGGAAAGCAACGAAAACUCCUGGAUGACCUCCUGGACAUCUACAACCAGGAAUUCC